AUGGGCAACGACGGCGGAAGUAUCCCGACCCGGCGCGAGUUGGUCAAAGAAGCCGCCCGAAAUCCUACUGCCAGCGAACUGAAAGACAAACAAAAGGAACAUCUUGCCCACCGCUGGUCAACCUGCCCAGUGUCGCAGAAGCCGCUCAUCAAACCCAUAGUCUCCGACUACAGUGGAGACCUCUACAACAAAGAUGCCAUCAUCCAAUUCCUGUUACCCGCCGAAGCAAGCUCGGUCGACAAAGAUGAAUACGAGAAAUUCAUUCAAGGACGCAUCAAGUCUCUGAAAGAUGUUGUCGAAGUCCACUUUGAGGAGGAGUACGAUGAGAAGGCGAAUGCUAGCAAAUGGAUUUGCCCCAUCACGUCCAAGGAAUUGGGACCAAACACGAAAGCAGUCUAUCUCGUGCCAUGUGGACAUGCAUUCUCGCAAGAAGCCAUCAAUGCAAUGAAGAGUGACAGUAAAUGCGCGCAGUGCGCAACGCCUUAUGAGGAACGCGACAUUGUGCCUAUUCUUCCCAGCACGGAGAAGGAUAAGGCUUUCGUGAUUGAAAGGUUCAACACUCUCAAGUCAGUCGGCUUGACGCAUUCCUUGAAGAAGGCUAGCGGGGGCAAAAAGCGCAAAGCAAAUGGGGAAGUCAAGCUACAGUCUGCGAGUGGAACACAGGCAGAACCAACCGAAAUCACCGUUCAUCGAGAGGGCAAAUCCAAGGCCAAGGCGACCACUGCAUCUCAGUCUGCUACGCCACGGAUGGCGGACGGGAUCAAAAAUGCUGCGACUGCCAGUCUAACUGCUCGAGUUCUAGAGGAGGAGGCGGCAAGGAAAAAAAGAAAACAACAAAGUGAAAACAUCAGUUCCUUGUACACCAAAAAGUCCGAGGACAACGCGAGAAGAAACACCGAUUUCAUGACAAGAGGCUUUUCAAUUCCCGCCAAUGCACGACAUCAGUGA